GUUUUAUUGUUUCUAAAGGAAACCAGAAGGCGACUGACCUCCAUGGUCAGCCCCAGCCCCCGGUGCGCGGCCUUGCCAUAUGUGACUGCCUAGCCUCUCAGGAGGUACGGCUUCCAGGGCAAGCGCUUGAUGCCCGCCAUUGAUAUAUGCGACUCGGACGAGGAGGAUGCCGCGCUGGCGCGAAAGCGCGAGGCCAUCCGUCGCAGGCGGGAGCAGGCGGAGGCGGAGCACGCAGAGGCCGCGGCCCAGGAGCCAGAGAAGGAAAAGGAAGAGCCAAAGGUGAAAUUCUCAGCUCCAAGAGGAGGGGCCCGGCGGUUUCCCGCCGAACUUCCCGUUGGACCCGGUCGGGUCACAACUGGUUGCGAGGCGCCGGUGCUGCCGGAAGGCCCCUGGACCUGCCCCUUCUGCGAGGAGAGCAACGGGGAGAAGCGUCUGAAGUGCAACAACUGCACCAAGCCCCGACCUGGCACGGAGGAGGUUGCGGCGGCGGCGCCCGCGCCACCCCCUUCUGCCAGGCGCAAGCGCAAGGGCUGGGAUGACUGGGACGAGCAGGCGAAGAAGGCGGCAGCAAAGGCGAGCGCAGCCAACGCCUGCCUCAUGAAGGAUGUGGUGAACCGCUGGAAGCCCACAGUGGAGCAGCUGAACGCUAUGACGGUGGCGGAGCUGGGCCCGAUUUGCAAGACCUGGAAGAUCUCCAUCGAGCCCAAGGAGUACAUGCGCGACGUGAUGCUGAGCAAAGCUUUGAAGGUGAUCCACGGCGUGGAGUCGUGAGCCGUUGCCAUUUUCGCUCGCGCGCUCAUUCGCCCGUAGCGAAUAUUCGGUGGGGAAAAA